UUGUUGCAAAUGAGAACUUGUUCUCAAUUGACUUACCUGGAUAAAUAAUGAACCAUGGAUGUAUUAAGAGAUCGGGUCAGAACAUCACCAGUGAGCUGGGAGGAAAUUUUGAGCAUGCUAUAACACAAUCAGGAAGGGUGUUUUGUAAAAUGUUAAACCCAGAAAAAUGCAAUAAUCUGCUCUGAAUGCUUUUAUGUGCCUUUUUAAUGUUGAAGAGUGACAUCAUCAAUGCUGUAAUCAUUUAUGAUAUCAAGUACGAUAAGAGGAAAUUGAGGGAAUUUUAUUAAAACCUUUUAUAUGAAAUGCAAUCAAGCGUGUUUUUGAUGGGAAACUUGCAUGCCAUAGUGCAAAAGGUAGGCGUCAGUGGAGCAUGAAGACGCACGUGCCUGCUGGUCAGUUUUUAACUUGUAGAUAAAAUUACAACAUAGUCUCAUUUAUGCGCAGCUUUUUGGACGCUGGAUGAAGAGAAAGGUAAAGAAACGGAUAGAAGACAGGAAACUGGAGUGCAAGAUAGCUGGGUGGGGCCAAUACUGCUGAGUGAGACUGAUCCCUGUUCAUUCUCUUGGCUGGCAGUCAGUGCGUGUGCCCACUAUAGGAUCAUGGUCAGGAUGGCAGCAUGGGCAGAGCUGGGCAGCGUUUGCCAGUGUGCCAGGGGCAGAGGGGCAAGCCUAUUGAGAAGCACUGUGAUGGACACAAUGGUUGCGACAGACUUGCUGCAUCAACAGGCUUUUUGCUGCUGUGGCCAGAAAUAAACCAUAAAUACCCCCACUGGCCUCCAACGACCGCUCGCCAGGCCUCCACACCCACAAACACCCUCACACUGAGACAGACAGAAAAGAGAGAAAAGAAAGAGGAAAGACGGAGAGCGUGGCUUGUACGUGGUGCAGUGAAGCACAAGCCAUCCAGAGGCAAAAUGACAGACCAGCAGGGAAACCCAGACCAGCUGCCUGCAGAGAAGGGCCAAGGAGGGUCUGGAGCCACAUAUAAGUUGGCAGUUUUUGAGUUCGAGAACUUUCGUGGAAAGAAGGUGGAGUUGUCUGGUGAAUGUAUAGAUGUGUUGGAGAAGACGCAGAGAAUUGGCUCGGUCAUUGUGGAGUCAGGACCAUGGGUGGGGUUUGAACGUCCAGGUUUUGCAGGAGAGCAGUUUGUGCUGGAGAAAGGAGAGUACCCACGCUGGAGCGCCUGGACCAACUGCAUGAGUAUCUACAGUCUGAGCUCAUUCAAGCCUCUGAAAGUGGACAGUGCAGAUCAUAAGCUGCACCUGUUUGAAAAUACAGGCUUUGAAGGUAGAAAGAUGGAGAUUGUUGAUGAUGACGUUCCCAGUCUGUGGGCUCAUGGUUUCCAGGAUCGAGUGGCCAGUGCUAAGGCUAUCAAUGGAACGUGGGUGGGAUACAUGUAUCCAGGCUACAGAGGGUGCCAGUAUGUGCUUGAGCAAGGAGAUUUCAAGCACUGGAACGAUUGGGGAGCCACUGCACCUCAGAUCCAGUCCGUCCGACGUGUGCGGGACAUGCAGUGGCACAAGAGAGGGUGCUAUAUUGCCCCUGCCCCUGCUCCUACACCUCCUAAUCCUAAUCCCAUCCCCGACCCCACUCCCAAUCCCAACCCAAACCCAAACCCAAACCCAAACCCCAAUCCCGAUCCUAACCCUGCUCCCAACCCCAAAUCAAAAACUCAACCCCAACCGUAACACCACACUUCCAGCUCCUCCUACACCAAACUGGGGGAGGCUAAAGGCUACACGCCAGUCCCCAAUCUCUCCACUACGCCCUCUGUUA